CGUCAGGCAUGUUCCACCGUCAGGAAACUCGCUGUGAGACGAGACGCGCUGCCGUCACCGCACUUCAUAUAUGGACAGGAAGUGGCUUCUUCAGGUUAUCGGCACUCUGAUGAAACAAACAAUGCAACAAAAGGUCCCGUAUAAGGACUGGGAAGGUAUGAAGCUCGGCGUUGGUGUCGGAGGAGGAAGAAGAGCCUGAUAUAUACUGUAUAUAAUAGAAGGAGGAGGAGGAGGGGACGGCCUCACCCAGAAGCACACAGAGAGAGAGAGCGCAGAGGAAAUCAGACGGCAAGGUCAGAGACACCUGCACCAUGUUACAGAGACAGAUCAACAGAAUGAGACAGCUGGCCAAUCACGGGCCUGGCCCUGGCAGGUCCAAUGACGUCACCGACCUUCUCCCCGAAGAGCUACUUCUGGCAGACCAGCAGGUGGAGGUGGUGAAGAGAGCGGCUCAUCUUGUAGGGAAGCGACUGGCGAGCUGCAUGCAGGGUCCACUCAGCUCCGACAUGGAGAAGAGACUGAGGAAACUUGCCUUGAUGUCGCUCUCUAUGGCCAUGGCAGAUUGUUUGAAGGAUAUGGAGAGCGAGUCCAGUCUCCGGAGGACCCUGGAGAUGGGGUGUUGUGCGGAAGGAUCGCUGGCUCAGUCUCUGGCAGAAUUCGAAAUAAACAUGGAAAGAGACGUCCUACUGCCUCUGAACAAGCUAAGUGAGGAAGAACUACCUGCAAUUCUAAAGCACCGGAAACAGCUACAGAAACUGCUGACGGACCUGAACAAUGUAAAGACUCGGUUAUCUCAGGCCCAGAAGAACACGUCAGGGGCCCCAGGGGGAGGCAUUAUCGGAGCCCCGGCUAAACUGGAGAGCCUGAAGGAGGAAGAAGAGGAGCUGCGCAGAAGGGUGGAGCAGAGCAAGGAUGACUAUUUAUGUGACCUGUAUCACUUUGGGACAAAAGAAAAUGAAUACAAGAACUAUUUCAUACGGCUUCUGGAGCUUCAGGCAGAGUAUCAUCGGAAAUCAUUGGCGCAGUUGACAGAUGCGUUGGGGGAGCUGAGAGACACCAUGAAGGAGAGCGCUCCAGUAUAUCAGUCUCCUGCCGAGGUAUACGGAGUACCGCUGGCGACACACCUAGACAGAUUUGGUUGUGAGAUUGCUGCGCCCAUAUCGGCCUGUGUGCGAAUGCUGCUGAUCCACGGGAUGCAAGAAGAGGGUCUGUUCCGGUUGGCUGCCGGUGCAUCAAUUCUGAAAAAGCUGAAGGCCAGUCUGGGUGCCGGUGCCAGGGACCUGGCGGAGUUUAUUAACGAGCCGCAUGCUGUGGCCGGUGCCCUCAAGUCCUAUCUCCGGGAACUUCCGGAACCGCUCAUGACCUCUGAACUCUUUGAUGACUGGAUGAGAGCUGCCAGCAUUAAAGAGCCAGAAAAACGGCAGGAGAGUUUUAGAGAGGUGUGUGCCAGGCUGCCACCUGAGAACUACAACAACCUCAGAUUCCUAAUCAAGUUUUUGGCAAAGUUAGGAGAACACCAAGAAGUAAACAAAAUGACACCCAGCAAUAUCGCGAUCGUCCUCGGUCCCAACCUCCUGUGGGCCAAAUCUGACGGAGACCCGUCUAUGCUGGACAUGGCUUCCGCCUCUCCCAUCUUGGUGGUGUCAGUAGUUGAAGGUUUGAUAAGCUGCUCUGCAGAAGUCUUCCCAGGAGAUGUCGAUUUUGGGGUUACAGAAGAAAGUCCCGCCUCCCCACCAGAAGCAUCCACACCACAAAUCUCAAGUACUCUACCGAAAAUGGACAGCGCUAAUCUCCCCACUUCUCCAACAUCGCUGUCAUCGCCCAUCAAUACAGAAAUAGAUGAUGAAGCCACCAAUGAUACCCAAGAACCACUUGCCAGCAAGGCAGCUCCUGUGAAGAUGCUGCCACCCAGUGAUGAGAGCACACAGGGGGAGGCCAGCCCCAGUAUGGCCAGGAAAGUGAAGAGACCGGCUCCUCUGCGGCCCAGCAUGCCUCCGCCUAUACAUCCUCGUGGGGCCAUGACCGGCGAGCCACCCGAUGAACUCCAGAACCCCCGUCCCGUCCCGAGGAGGAAUAUCGGUGGAAGCUUGAGAGUGCCCAACCAGCCUCCUCCUCACCCGCCUGCACCCAAAGUCGCCAAUGUAAAGCCUGAGGCCGGGGAUGGCGACCCGUCCAGAAAAACACCCCCCAGGCCACUGCCAAGAAAUCGCAUCCAAUCUACAGACAACUAACCAGGAAAAGAUUGUGCCAUCUGCUGGCUGAGGAGCUGAACUAAGCAAAUCACGUUAUUUGAGAAGAUAGGAAGUGCCCUGCCUGAGGGCAUACUAGGGGGCACUCCCUCCAUGAAUACAUACGGUAUAGGAAUAUUACAGACAAGGGACACAAUAAUACGGUGAAUAUUCAAUCAGAACUCAUGCACUGACAUUCCAUUCCUUUUACGCGAAGAAUUUAUAACGUUGUUCUUUGUAUAACGUGGGACUGGCGCCCAUGUAUUAAACACUUUAUUCUUUCUAAA